AUGUGGAAAAUUUCAUGGAAUUACAUGCCCACUUUUUCUAAUCUAAAGCUGAGAAGAGUGAUGGUCGAGGAUCGAUGCGUAAGAUGCCAUCAAGGAGAAGAAGAUACCAACCACGUUUUCCGAUUAUGUCCUACAACGAAAGAAAUAUGGAAUCAAUUAAACUUCACCUGGGUUUUUAACAAUAGCAUUCCAGAUCUUUGGAAUUGGCUUACCUGGGUUUUCAAUCAAUGGACGAAUGAGCAAUGCAGAAUUUUUUGUUGCGGACUUUGGCUCAUCUGGGCAAAUAGGAACAAGGUAAUAUAUGAAGGCAAGUCAAGCACUAGUCACGAUAUCUCCAAACAAAUUAAUAGUUACAUUUCAGAACUGGACGGUAUAAAGAACAAGGCAUUUAUCUUGGAAACAAAUGCGAGACCCAAACAGCAAGUACAAAGGGCGAACGUGGUUAUAUAUUUCGACGCGGCUUUUGACUCACUAAACUUCCGAUCAAGGUCAGGCUUAGUUGUUAAAGAUGAGGGAGGCAGAACCAUAGCAAUAAAAUCGAUCCUUCAUGUCAACGUUGCAUCUCCGUUCGUGGCGGAAGCACAUGCAGGAUUCCAAGCAACAAAAUUAGGGAUUAAUAUGGGCUUUCAUAUACUGGACAUAUUAGGCGACUCGAAGACUGUUAUCACAAAAUGUCAAGAUGUAAAUCGCGACAGAUCAACAAUAGGAGCAAUUAUAAGUGAUAUUCAAAGCUUAAAGCCACACUUUCAAGAAAUAAGUUUCUACUUCAUCCCAAGGUUAGAAAACACAGAAGCCCAUCGAUUAGCAAAAGAAGCACUCAAGAAUGGUGAGGAACAAUACCUGGAGGGAGGAACUUCAAGGCCGUUUAGAGGAGAAAUAGAGCAAAAUCGUCUGGGAUCUUCAAGUUAA